UCAACUUUAUAAAACUCAGCUCCCAGAAGGUCUAAAGCCGUAGCACAAAAUCCAGUUUCCAGUCUCAAUAUUUUAUUGAUAAUCCGGGGCUUUUACACAGAUUUAGUGGUUGGGGAGCUGACAAACUGAGUUAACAAUGGCGUUAUGGGAGCACAGCUGAGUGAUCACCAUCCUCUCACUCACAAGGCCUCUGACUUGAGGCACAAUGCUGCCUUUUUUCCUCCCCUCAUCCUGGCUGCUUACACCACGUGGAGGGGGGAAAAGGUAGUGAAAGAAAGACAGAAAAAUAAUUUAGCAGCAUCCUGUCAUCCCUCCCCCUCUUCUCUGCAUCUCUGUGUGUUGGGGCAGAAUAAUAAAACGCUUUGUUGCAGGCAGAACCCGAGUUCAUCAAUAAACACGAUUAAACUAUGUAAGUUGAAUUAAUGAUUGUGUUACUGCAAAAAGGCACUAUUUUAAAGCACAACACUUGCAAACAUAAAAACAUAAAUACAAUUGGAGCAUUUUAUUCCUAACUGCUCGUCCGUUUUUUUAAAUAAAUCUUUAUUAGUAAGAAGAAUAAAAAUAUAUUAUUGUCGCUUUUUGAGCAAGACGACAAGAACAAGGCGUUCGUAUUUGCAGAGCCAUCUUGUCAAAUUGAUCGCCCGCACGAUUCCUGCACGUUUGUUUAAAGCGAUAUUUAAGAAAUAAGCGCGGAAAAAAACCGGCCGUGCUAUGCUAAGCGCGUCCCCGCUACUGUACAGCAACCUGUUGCUUGCCGUGCGCGCUCCCACAUCAUAACACAAGUUAUGAUUCAUAAAAAAAAGAGUCUGCUCCGGCGGAAAAAGGAGAGAAAACAGCCCCGGAUGUGCAUUUCCACCACAGGCCGCUCGUCGCCCACACGGAGAACAGUGCCAUGACGUCCAUGGAUGAAGAGCUGACCUGCCCUGUGUGCCGGGACAGCUUCAGUCGGGCCCACCCGCUGCCCUGUGGCCACAGCUUCUGUCCCACCUGCAUCCGUGAAGCCUGGAGUUGCCAUUCAGAGGGGAAAGUCCGAUUUGUGUGCUCCCAGUGUCAGGAGGAGCAUGGGGAGGUGCUGUGUGACUGCUGCCCCCCAGAGGCAGAGGAGAAAUCCCAGGCUGUGAAGACCUGCUUGAGGUGUGAGGUGUCGCUGUGUGCCAGCCACCUUCAGCCCCACCUGGAGAGACCAGCUUUCAGCAACCACAUGCUGGUAGAUCCAUUGGGGGACAUUUCUCAUCGAAGGUGUGCCGCCCAUUCUGAGGUGUUCCGCUACUACUGUGUGGAUGAGCGGGUGUACGUGUGCGGGGACUGCCUGCUGGAGGGAGGCCAUUCUCAGCACAAAGUGAAGGCUCUGAGGCACGUCGAAGAGGAUCUGAAGGUGAUUCUCCAGACGCUGCUCAUCAAAGCAGAAAACAAGCUCAAAGAUGGGGAGCGGAUUCUGAAAGAGCACAAGAAUAUGGAUUCUUCCGUGGCUGACUCAUUAAAACAAGAUGACGGUCUGGUGGAGCGGCUGGACUCCGACCUGCAGGUCCAGGUGAAGAAGCUGGUGCUGGCUCUGAAGGAAAUCACCAAGAGGGAGAGGCAGCAGAUCUUAGAGCGCAUGCAACAAGACUGUGCCAAAGUGAGGGUCGACAUGAGCCAGACAGUUAACAUCCAGCAUUACCUGACUCUGCUGCUGGCAGAGACGGACCCCUUCCUGCUCAUCUGGGCCUUUCAGUCAGAAGACACAAAGUUAUUAGCUGACCUGAACUGCCCAAUGUUCAACCCUGCUCCCAUCAGUCUGGACAGGAAACACAUCCUAGAAGACAUAGAGGGAAAAUAUCGUGGGUUCAUCACAGCGACCCUCCGCUGCCUCAGUGACCUCAAACGGGAGCUCUUGACCAGUCCAUUAACAUUGGACACGAACACUGCCCAUCCUCUGCUGAGCAUCUCAGAUGACCUGCGCACAGUCACUCGUGUCAAGAGCCGCCUGCCCUGCGCUGCCCAUCCCGAGCGUUUCGACCACUGGCCACAGGUCCUCGCUGCCCAGACCUUCUCCUCUGGAACCCACUACUGGGAGCUGGAGGCAGAGGGAUUCUGGGAUGUUGCCAUCUGCUACCGAAGUAUUGGACGCAAGGGAAAGGAGGACAAUGCUUUUGGAAACAAUAAGGUGUCUUGGAGUUUGACACAACAGCACGACAAAAAGCUUGCAGCCUGGCACAACCGCAGGAAGACCCGCCUCUCGUACCAAAUGACCAGCAACCGAGUUGCCGUUGCUGUGGAUUACAGCGCAGGGACCAUCACCUUCUCUGAGGUGGGAUCAAGCAACAGCCUGAUCCACCUUCACACGUUCUCCUCCAGCUUCACCCAGCCUCUGUGCCUGGGCUUCGGACUCUACAAAGCUGAGCUCAAAAGUCGCAUUUCCAUCGUCAAAGUGUGAAAAAACCCAGAGGGUUCUUCAAAAAAACUGUGAUGUUUACAUUGAAACUUCUUCUAAUGGGAGUUACAGCAAGAGGAGCAGGAUUCUGGUGCAAAAGUCUAUGUGGGACACAUUUUAAAGUCUGCCUUUUCCCCCCAGAAAUGUCUAAGGGGGUUAAGAUGUGUGUGGCACAGUAAGAAUAAAGAAAGCGUAAAUACUUUCAA